AUGCUCGUGCGGCUGGUGGAGCCCGGACCCCUCUUCCUGGCGUCCCUGUGCUUGUCUGGACAGUAUUGGUUAACACCCUUAUACUGUAGACAGUCUAGUAUAAGCGCUGCUGGUAGCAAGCUUACGGCAUGUUUCAAGACACGUGCGCCAAAUUAUACUGAGACUCAUAUGAUGUAUCAGAUUACGUGUAAUGCUUACUCAACUUACGCGCCGCACUUCUCGCCGUCUGAUUCUCAUCCUGAGCUGUACAUGUACAUUUGCGAAGUAGACUCAACAACCUCGUCCCAAGCCCGGCACUAUCUGAGUCCGCACCAAAUGCCGAUUGCAUCAAAGGCAUAUUCCGCACAAAGCUCAAUCCGCCCCGGUGUUACAAUGUCAUAUGUAAGGAUCGCAAAAGUUGAGCUGAAAAAGCUCGCUGAGCAGGACUUCGCCUAUAGAGACGGGACGAGGCCUGGUCGCUUUCGAUUUCUUGACUGUAAAAGAUAUAUUGAUGAACAGUUGGUCUGCAUCCAAGAGUUCACGGGGCUUCCAAAGUCACAGUAUGCCGCGACCUCGUACGUCUGGCGAGGGUUGAAAGCACAGCAGAAGUAUGCUUGCGCCGUUCCCUUCUCUGCAAAAGGCGCUGAAGACGCAGAUCCAAUGUCUUUUAGCCUGUUGCACACCGCGCCUGUUGCACACCGUUUGUGUUGCUGCACUGCACUUCAAAUGCCCCUUGCUAUGGCUCGAUCGCCUGUCCAUCAUCCAGACCAGCCACGGAGAUAUAAGACAUGGCAGAUCAGCAACAUGUUCGAUGUCUACCAGCAAUGCAAAGUCUGUUUAGUCCUCCCCGGCGGCUUAGCGGGACUUGCGAGGCUCACCGAAGAAACACCAUGGAUCCAUCGCGCUUGGACUUUACAAGAGUCGCUGGCCCCUCCGUCAGUCCAGGUCCUAUAUGAAUGGCCUUGCGGCUCUUGCUUCCUACAGAGCACCAGACCUAUCAAGGUCCUAGAAGUUGAGUCUCAGAAGGCCGCUGCAACGAGUCUGGACAUGCUCAUCGCAGCCUGCAUGGUUUCUUCCACGGUAGAGUCAGGACAUCCUGCCAACCCAGGACCUAGAUCCCGCUCAACGGUCUCUGACAAUUCAAGAUUAGCGUUAGUAAGUCAAGGGCAAGAUCCGGGCGAGAAGGCGUUUUGGAGUGAAGAGGAAUGGUCAGACCACGUGACCAGCCUACUCAGGAGACCCAGCAAACUGACACCCAGGAUCCUGAGCAAUCGAAACAAAGCCGGACGUUUACACUGCCUGAACAAACUUCUUGCGGCUCUGACUCAGGACUCGAGCGAGGGGAGGGCAAAUGCUAUAUGGCGAUCAGCGCUCUUACAGACCUUGUCCAGGCCAGUGGACAUGGUUUUCAGCAUCAUGGAUCUCCUGGGCGCGCAUCUCGACCCUGCGUCUUUCAGCCCCGCAGAGCGACACAACGCCACCGUUCGCCUCGCAAAACAGCUCCUGCAGCGGGGCUGCCGCGCAGAAUGGUUAGGCGCCAUUCCCAGCGCACGUAUACCCGCUGGCCUGGGCACAACACCUAUCAUGCCGCAAAGAGUGUUGAAGGACGAGCUUACGUGGAAACUUUCCAAGGCCGUAGAGAGAUAUCCGGCCUGAUUGGGGACAGGUAUGGCGAGACGUGGUGGUGGCUUGACGGUGCGCCGAGAGGGUCAAUGGACGACUUUGGUGUCCUGAGGAUUCGGGCAAAAGCGGUGGCGGUAGAGAAGGGCGGGAAGUUCCCUAACAUCACGUGUUGUCCACACAACCACGCCCCAGAUCGAUCCCAUUGCAAUGUCAUUGUUGAUUGCGCAGACCAGCAGCAGUGGCUUGCCAGGUCGUCA